CUGGCAGCAGUGGCCCGGUGAUGCUCUGAUUUACAAUUUGACUUAAUUUUAUAUUGGUUUUUAAGCGGACCAACGGUUGUAAUUUAGGGACAAGCACGCCGAGUUAACAGACGAUGUCUUCAUCCUUUUCAGAGCUGUAGUUACAGAGGCUAAUCUAGCUGAUCCGGUGCUUCAGAGACUGAAAGCGCAGCAGCAGAGGAAAGAGGUCUAGGUGAUUUCCUGUGCAGAAAGAAAAAGCGCAAAAGAACUCACAGCCUCCAACCUUCAGCCUCAGCAGCAAGUCGAGGUACUUUCAGGGCAGGUCCAAGUUUUAUACAUUUCCAGCGCUUACUUCAUCUUCAGAGAUGAAGUUGAAGGAGGAUAUGAACCCCCUGCUGCUGCAGGUUUUCCGUUCAGUGGUCUGGGUCUAUUCUGUCAUCACCUUCAUACCCUGGUACUUCUUCUCUGGAGCUGGCAACAGCUUGGAACGAGCCCGCAGUAUCAAGGCACGCUCGGUUAGCGGGCACCCAGCAGGGCCUUACAGAGCAGUCUACAGCCAAAAGGAGCUAGUUGCGUGGCUCCACCCUAGCGUGGACACCCUGGACAAAAUGUUUGAAUACGCUGCCAAAAAGUUUCCUAAGAGAGACUGUCUGGGAACCAGGGAGGUGCUCAGUGAAGAGGAUGAGCGCCAACCAAACGGCAAGAUCUUUAAAAAGGUAAUUCUCGGGAACUAUAACUGGCUGUCGUAUGAGGAAGCCUACCAGGCAGCAAAGUGUUUUGGCAGUGGUUUGGCAGCUCUCAAUCAGAAGCCUCACUGUAACAUCGCCAUCUUCUGUGAGACCAGAGCGGAGUGGAUUGUCGCAGCACAAGCCUGCUUCAUGUACAAUUUCCCACUUGUGACCUUGUACGCCACUCUCGGACCCGUGGCCAUUGCACAUGGGCUGAAUGAGACUGAAGUCACGCACAUCAUCACAAGCAAAGACCUGCUGCAGAGCCGUCUCAAGGCCAUUCUGUGUGACGUGCCGAGGCUGCAGUAUAUCAUCGUAGUGGACAGUAAACCCACAAGCUGGCCAGACAUUCCUAAAGGCAUCAUGGUCUACAACAUGGACACAGUGAAGGAGAUGGGAUCCAGGCCUGACAAUAUUGCAGUAGACCGCAGAAAGCCAGAGACCUCAGACAUCGCAGUUAUCAUGUACACCAGCGGCUCCACAGGCAUCCCCAAGGGUGUCAUGAUCUCCCAUGGCAACCUCAUUGCUGGCAUCACAGGCAUGGCGGAGCGAAUCCCUAACCUCAAUGAGACAGACACCUAUAUCGGCUACCUGCCGUUAGCCCACGUUUUGGAGCUCAGCGCGGAACUGGUGUCCAUCUCUCACGGGUGUCGCAUCGGCUACUCCUCUCCUCAGACUCUAGCAGACCAGUCCACCAAGAUCAAGAAGGGCAGUAAAGGUGAUACUAGUGUGCUUAAACCCACUCUCAUGGCUGCUGUACCAGAGAUCAUGGAUCGGAUUUACAAAAAUGUAAUGACCAAAGUGGAGGAGAUGAGCAAAUUCCAGAGGACGCUGUUUGUGCUGGCUUACAACUACAAGAUGGAGCAGAUUUCCAAGGGCUACAGCACACCUCUCUGUGACCGUCUGGUGUUCAAACGUGUGCGUGCGCUCUUGGGAGGGAAAACACGGGUGCUGCUGUCUGGCGGAGCUCCCCUCUCGGCUGCUACACAGAGAUUCAUGAACAUCUGUAUGUGCUGCCCUGUGGGGCAAGGCUAUGGUCUGACGGAGACUUGUGGAGCUGGCACCAUCAGUGAAUUUUGGGACUACAGCACAGGGCGGGUUGGUGCUCCACUGGUUUGUUCAGAGAUCACACUGAAGGACUGGGAAGAGGGUGGUUACUACAGCACAGACAAGCCCAACCCAAGAGGGGAAAUUCUGAUUGGUGGGCCCAAUGUAACAAUGGGUUACUACAAAAGCAAAGGCAAGAUCCAAGACGAUUUCUUUGUGGACAAGAACGGCCAGAGAUGGUUCUGCACUGGAGACAUUGGAGAAUUCCACCCCGACGGAUGCCUCAAGAUCAUCGACCGUAAGAAAGAUCUGGUGAAACUACAGGCAGGCGAGUAUGUCUCUCUAGGAAAAGUGGAGGCUGUUCUGAAGAACUGCCCACUCAUAGACAAUAUUUGUGCCUAUGCCAACAGUGACCAGUCAUAUGUGAUCAGCUUUGUGGUGCCUAACCACAAGCAGCUAAUGGCCCUGGCUGAGCAGAUGCAAAUAAAGGGCUCGUGGGAAGAAAUCUGCAACAACUCCCACAUGGAGAAGGAGGUCCUCCGCAUCAUCACUGAGGCUGCUAUCACAGCAAAAUUGGAGCGAUUUGAGAUUCCCAAGAAGAUCCGGCUGAGCGCUGAGCCCUGGACCCCAGAGACGGGCUUGGUCACCGACGCAUUCAAACUAAAACGCAAGGAGCUAAAGACACACUACCAGGAAGAUAUCGAGAGGAUGUACGGAGGAAAAUAACACGAGACACACUCCCAGCAACCAGUAAACACAUCCACAUAUAUACCUGAAAACACUCACACAGUGCUCAAGACUACUUCCAAGACUACUUUCUGAGGAGUUACAUUUAAGAUACCAGUAAGACAUAAAUACACACACACACCCACAGGGACCCAUGCACCUCCUUCCCGGCUUCCCUGCAACCAGCUUCGAUCAAAGCAGGAGGGAGGCGGGGGGGACUCUUGAAUCCAGCUUAAUGGUUUCUGUCAAAACCUAAGAGGCUGAACAGACAGCUGAGCCAGCCAGACGUGUGCAAUGCACCAAACACUCCCUUUCAAGGAAUUCAGGUCUUUGAGUUGCUGUGACGACCAAGACAGCGAAUGAAGUCAGACCUUUGCAUGACUCGAAGUGAAACAAAUGUUAAGCUUGAUGCAGCUGAACCCAUGUCAGCGACCACACUCUGUUUGCUUCUCCUCCCGCUGCCCUGCUUGCUGGAGUGUGCCACCUGGGGGGCGUGGGGAUGGGGGGCAUGAAGUGCGCACCCCUGGCAGAGACAUGGUGGGGGGGUAGCAUGAGCCCAACAGAGGGGACACCUCCUGGGCUCAAAGUAACAUUCAGGUCUGCAGGGAUCUCUGUGGUCUUUAUUUUAUUUUAUUUUUUAAAUCCGCAUUUCAACAUUUCCUUCAUGUUUGGUUUGUUAGCUUUUAAACCCAUCUGAUCAGUUUUUUGUGUAAGGAAUGGGUGUUCCAAAGCCAUGAGAGAUUUGAGCAUUAGGAUGUCUUCAAAUACAUUUUCAUACUGUUACUUUAUGGUGGUAUUAUUUGGUAGGGGGUGGGGUGGGGGUUCUUUUCCUUUUUUAUUAUUUGUUUUGUUCAUGCUACCUGUACUUUAAUGGUCUUUGUUUACAAGCGUUUUCAUUUCUUUUUUUGUAUCUUUUUCCCUUUAUUAGCCCGUGUCAUAAGGUCUGUACAUUUGAAUUUUGACUUACUGACUUGACCUAGUUAUAAAUGAUGGAGUCGUAUCCCUUCUGCUGUUCCCUGCCUACACAAGAUUGUCAAACAUUAGGACCAAUUGGGAGUGUUUUUGUUUUUCCUUGCAGUUUUUUUUUUUGUGGUUUAUACAGUAGCCAUGCCACAUGUUCCUCCAGUCACGACCAAUGCACCAAAUGGAUGGUUUCAAGGGAACUUAGUUGCUUACCAUAGGAAGAAUAGUUACACUAGUUAGCCUUUCAUAGACUGCUGUCCCAGUUACUUUGUGGUGCAACUGUACAUGUUUUUACCAUAGGUCCGUUUACUGUUGCUUUAACCUUUUUACGUAUAAAAAUGAAAUGCAAAGUGAAUGUGCAAUAUUUAUACUCAAAUAUUAAAAGUAUCUAAGAAGGAAGACGAAAAAAAAAGCGCACAGGCAGCGGCCCUUUCGCGGCAUGUUAACAUUUAGGCCUCAACUUCAGUGCAUAAUGGAAGGCCUGUAGGACUGUAGAAAUGUGGACGAUGGUAGAGAGACACUGAUAGGGAAGUCUAGAUGUAGCUCCUUUUGAACGUACUGUGCUGGAAAUGUAAUGUUUUUAAUAAGACUGUAAAGGUAAAAAAAAAAAAGUUAUAUCUGGCAUUGUAGAAAAUUGCAUGAUGAAAAGUGCACAUGUACCAAAGCACAUCAGUAUGAGAGAAUCGCACUCCAUUCAAACAACUGAAGAAAUAAUUUAUGGACCCACUCCUUUUUUAAAAAAAAAGAAAAGUUGGGAGUGUACGCAUAGCUGAAGCUCAAUUCACAUUUCUGUAUCUUGAAAUUGGUUUAUCUGUAUAAUAUUUGUGCAGUGUAUAUAAAAGGGUCUCCAGUGCUACAGACACCCGACAUUUAUUUGAAAUGUUGUAAAAAAAAAAAAUAAAUAAAAAAAAAACAUGCAUUAAUUAAUGUAGGUUUAUGGAUUUGGUGCUGGUGGUUGAUAUACUCUGAAUGGCAAUAGUGUAAAGUGACUUUUACAAGCUUUGUUAUUUCCUUCUUCCCUGUUCUUAGAUUUCUUUUAUUUUGUUGUAAGGUUUACAUCUUUCUUGCAGCCGCCUUUUUCUGAAUGCAAACCCUGCUUUGCUUGUAACGAAGAUGAUAUUAAUAAAGGGUACAGUAGGGUCCUCCUAAUGGCAUCUGUCAUCAGAUUUCAUACAUAAGGAUCAUAUUUAGCUUUGACCAAACUAUCGCGAUAAAGUUGGGGGGGACCCGUGCCUCCCUUUGUGUGUGCUGUUUGCUGCUUUUUCUCUGCCUGGCUCGAGGCGGCUGGUUGCCUUCUGACACACACGAGCUAUCUUCAGGGGUCUUUAGAAUGUGAAGCACUCCACGCAUUGUUUUUUUGUUUUUCUUGAUGGCGCACGUCAUCUCAUACCAACAAGAAUUAUCUGAACUAACAAGGCAAAGACUGAGGUGUGGUGCAGAGAUCAAUUUCACCAUUCCUGUUCUUUUCGCUUUCUUUGUAAAUAUCAGGGAGGUGGCGGUGGGUGGGGCAGGUCUCACAGAUCAAAGUUCAUUAAAAGUACCAAUAACUGUACAGGUGUAAAGCCUCCUGUUAAUAUGUUUAGUAAUCUUUGUAACUGAACUUUUUUUUUUUUUUUUUUUCGGGGUGGUUAAGUGGGCCUGAAAGCUGAGCUACUGCAAGUGUCUUCUUCCUUUUAUUUAUUUGUGAUUUGGCCUUGGAAAUUAUGUCAUGAAAUAAACAAGUUUGUGUUGUAAAUA